AUGGCUCACGAAGUGUUGAAGAAGUUCAUCGACCUAGGAUAUGGGGCCGAUGCUCCUACAUCUAGGUCUGCGCGUCUCCCAAUGGGUCGACGCGUCUACGUGGACAUGAACAAGCCACUCGACCCGAAUGCCGUUGUCAAAUAUGAGGAACUACUCCAAGGCGAACAAGCAUCAGUCAAUGAGCAGUGGUCUUUCCUCAGAUUCGCUCUUACUUACCUAGCCGAUCCGGAGCUCGAGAAGAGUGCCAGUGAGAUCAAGGAUUUGUGCAAGGGAGGGCUACUGCAGAUGUGGUUCGAGCGAACAGGCUCUCUGUCGGUGAUGAAAGGCCUCACUGUGGAAAACCACAUCAGAGACUAUAAGGCCACGCCCCGCGGUCUCGUCUUCAACCAGGACUACCUUGAAUCAGUUGUUGAGGCGCAGCUGCUUGAGUGUCUCGUCGAAGGCGACCAGCAAGCGUUGGAUAGGAUCGUUGCCGACUUCAAAGAAGAAGGAUUGAAGAAAAACUCCAAGGUACACAGAGCAAUCUAUCACGUUCUCGCUACCAAUCUGCAAAUGCUCGUCGUCGAAGGCCGCAAUAAUGAAGGGCUCGGUGGGACCGAUCGAUGGACUCCGUUCGACAAGGAGACCGGCACAACGCAAGGGCGGAUGCUCAGGGCACUGGAGAACCGGAAGGAGGUUACUGCGGCUGAGGUUGCGAAACUACUGCUCGACAGGGACCCAUUCUUGCCCAUGAAUGCGGUAUUCGACCUGGAGGAUAUUAGGGAUGAAGAGACUGGGGAGCAGGAGACUGCGGAUGUAGCGUGA